CCGCGAGGGCCUCUCAACAUGAAUCACUAUGCUAAUAAGAAGAGUGCAGCGGAGAGCAUGUUGGACGUCGCUCUGCUCAUGGCCAAUGCUUCUCAGCUUAAGGCUGUGCUGGAGCAGGGGCCCGACUUCAGCUUUUACACCUCUCUCAUCACCCUCAUCAGUCUGUCUCUCGGUCUACAAGUGCUCGUGGGGAUCCUGCUCAUAUUCAUAGUGAAGUGGAAUCUGAAUGAUGAGCAGAAACAUCUGCGUCUGAAUGUUUUGGAGAACAUCACAACAGGUUGCGUCUUCAUCAUCGUCGUCAUUAAUGUCUUCAUCACUGCUUUUGGAGUUCAGAGGCCCAAUCCAGGUGUGUGA